GGCCCUCUUGAAGACGAGCGUGCCGACGGCGUGCAAGACCAGCUGCCCUCCAUGCGUCCUCAGCGCAGCUGCGUGCAAGGUGCUGCACGCGCCUGCACGAUGAGAGGCCGGCCUGCGCUGCUCUCACGCGCAGUGCUCCCACGCUCUGUUGGUCAGCUUCCUCCACCUCGCCCUGCUCCGCCUGCCCGAGGCACUUGCCGAUGUCAGCCCCUCGCAGCGCACCUCUACUUCCCACUUCCACCUCCCAGCACCCCCUCACUGCAGCUGCAUCCUGCAUGCGCGGCCUGCCCCGUGCGCCGCCGCGGCCCGCGCUGCUCUGCGUGUGGCCACGCCUCGGCGUGCCGCCGCCAUUGCGCCUCGCCUCGAGCUCCUCGCGCGCCGCUGCCUCCAGUAGCGCCGCAGCUGCGCCACCACCAGUCGCACGGCGUCGCGGCACUCGUAUCGUCUCGCUGCUCGUCGCCGCCGGGCUGGGCGUGUAUGCGACGGACCGCUGGCUGUGGCACCGCGUGCUGGAGCGCAACCUGCGCACGGCGUGGUGUGCGGCGCAGAUCGCCGUCGACUACAAAUUCGUCUGGGACGGCAGCCUCGAGUCGAGCCAUGCGCUGCACGAGCGCUGCGCCGCACGCAUGCUUGCAACAUGCGAGGCAAACGCCGGCCUCUACACCAAGCUGGCACAGGCGCUCGGCAGCCAGGGCGCCGUGCUGCCCAAGCCGUACCUGCAGCUCGCCAAGCUGCUCGACGAUGCCGAGCGCAUGGACUGGGAGGUGGUGCGCAAGGUCAUCGAGAAGGACCGCGGCGCUCCUGUCGAAGAGCUCUUCCACUCCAUCGACCACACCCCACUGGCGGCUGCGUCAAUAGCGCAGGUGCACGUCGCCCGCCUCAAGACGCCCUCCGGCGAGCCGGGUGCCGCCGUUGCCGUCAAGGUGCAGCGGCCCGAGAUCAUCGCGCAGGCGGGGUGGGAUCUGCUGUGCUUCCGACUGAUGCUGCACGUCUACGAGCGCAUCUUCGAUCUGCCGAUGUCGGCGUUCGGCCAGUACAUUUCGCAGCAGACGCUCAACGAGACGUCGUUCGUCAAGGAGGCUGCCAACGCCACGGCGCUGCGCAAGGCCGUGGAGAGCGAUCCCAUGCGCCUCAUUCGCGAGACGGUCAUGGUGCCGCGCAUCUACGAGGAGCUGAGCGGCGAGCAGGUGCUCGUCAUGGACUACAUCCCUCACGCGGCCAAGAUGACGGACGUGAAGCGCAUCGAGGAGAUGGGGCUCAGUGUCAAGGAGGCGACGCGCAGCGUCUGCGAGGUCUUCUCGAGCAUGAUCUUCCAGUAUGGCCUUGUGCACGCCGAUGGACAUGCCGGCAACGUGCUGGUCCGUCAGCACCCCAACGGCAAGAAGGGCAAGCACCAGAUCGUCAUCAUCGACCACGGCCUCGUUGUGCGCCUGACCGACGACUUCCGCAAGCAGUACGCCCAGCUGUGGAAAGCAAUCUACGAGGUCGAUAUGCGCGGCAUGAACCGCAUCAUGUCGUCCUGGGGCAUCGGCGAAGAGGGCUCGGAGCUCUUCGCCAGCGCCACGCUCAUGCGCCCGUGGUCGGGCAAGAGCAAGGAGGAGAAGCAGCGGGCGCGCGAGGAGCGCCGCGCCAGCGGCAGGAGCGAGGCCGAGGUGCAGCGCGAGAAGAUGAAGAAGUUCCUUGACAACGUCGAGCUUGUGCCCAAGGAGCUCAUCUUUGUGGGGCGCAGCAUGCGCAUCGUACAGGCCAACUGCCAGACCGUCGGCUCGCCAGUCAACCGCCUCAACAUCCUCGCGCGCCACGCAGCCUCUGCGCUCGUCUCCGAGCAGCACACGACGCUCGCCGACCGCGUCGCGAGCCUCAAGUUCCGCACGGCCCUGCUCGCCAUCGACGUGCUCUUCCAGUCGAGCCGCCUCGUGCACUGGGUCGAGCUCUUCUUCAAAUACCCGCUCGGCGCGCUCGGCCUCAAGCCGCUGCCGGCAAAGGAGCGCAAGCGCGGCUUCGAGGACGACCUCGCCGCCGGCAUGUCCGAGAUGGCCGCCGAAUUCGGCGUCGAGAUCGACGAGGACGCCUUCAAUGGGUAGUGCCCGCAAGCACACUCGCAUCCUCUCGGAUCAUGCAUACCUCUCCGCCGUCGCCUCGCCUCACAUAGACGCCUCAUUCCUCGCACUCGCACCAGGGCAUAGCGUAACGGGUAUCAGUCCGCAUGA